UAAGAGCAGCCCCACUUCCGGUGGCGCCGGAAGUAGCCGGAAGAUGGCGGCCUCCUCCUUCCACGGGCUGGCCCAGGCGAACGGGAGGAGUGAGUUUCGUCCGAAGCAGCCGAAGCCGGAGAAACGAGAUGAAUCUGAGGAGCUCCUCACUGUUCCUGACGGUUGGAAGGAACCCGCUUUUUCUAAAGAGGACAAUCCCAGAGGACUCUUGGAGGAGAGCAGUUUUGCAACUUUGUUCCCAAAAUAUAGAGAGGCUUACUUGAAAGAGUGCUGGCCUUUGGUACAGAAAGCCUUGAAUGAACAUCACGUUAAUGCAACCCUGGACCUGAUCGAGGGCAGUAUGACUGUUUGUACAACAAAGAAGACUUUUGAUCCGUAUAUCAUCAUUAGGGCCAGAGACCUAAUAAAACUUUUAGCAAGAAGUGUUUCAUUUGAACAGGCAGUACGAAUUCUUCAGGAUGAUGUUGCGUGUGACAUCAUUAAAAUAGGUUCUUUAGUAAGAAAUAAAGAAAGAUUUGUAAAAAGAAGACAACGUCUCAUUGGCCCCAAAGGAUCUACAUUAAAGGCUUUGGAACUGUUAACCAACUGUUAUAUUAUGGUUCAGGGAAACACGGUUUCAGUCAUUGGACCUUUUAGUGGCUUAAAAGAGGUUCGAAAAGUAGUCCUAGAUACUAUGAAGAAUAUCCAUCCAAUUUAUAACAUUAAAACCUUAAUGAUUAAACGAGAGUUGGCAAAAGAUUCUGAAUUAAGAUCACAGAGUUGGGAAAGAUUCUUGCCACAGUUCAAGCACAAAAAUGUGAAUAAACGCAAGGAGCCAAAGAAGAAAACUGUCAAGAAAGAGUACACACCAUUCCCACCACCGCAGCCAGAAAGUCAGAUUGAUAAAGAAUUGGCUAGUGGUGAAUAUUUUCUGAAGGCAAGUCAAAAGAAGCGUCAGAAAAUGGAAGCCAUAAAGGCUAAACAAGCAGAAGCUCUCAGUAAGAGACAAGAGGAAAGAAACAAAGCUUUUAUUCCACCUAAGGAAAAACCAGUCGUGAAACCAAAGGAAGCUUCUACUGAAAAUAAAAUUGAUGUGGCUGCCAUCAAGGAAAAGAUUAAAAAAGCAAAGAAUAAGAAACUGGGAGCUCUUUCAGCUGAAGAAGUUAAGCUUAAAAUGGAAGCAGAUGAAAAAAAGAAGAAGAAAAAGUAACAUUAAAAAAAGUCCCUGAAUGAGAAGUCAUUAAGCUAUCUCCUUUUAUAAAGGAUUUUGAAAUACUAGGGCGUUAAUAGCCUAUGUGUGAGAAGGAAUACUCUGAUUACAUUUUCUGAGUUUGUGUCAUUCUUCAAAAUUGUGUUUGUAUAAACAGCUGUUCUUUAUAAAUAUAAAUUAUUGUAUUCUCUGUGUGUUUUUUGAAAAAUUUAAUGCAGAGUGAUAUAUAUGUCUGUAUACAUUGUACCGUAUCUGUUUUGGCAUAUUUUGCCUAAGCAUGAUUUUAGGUGUAGUUUUUAUAUAAAGGUUUUUGGAAUGUAACUAUUGUAAUUAUCCUUCAGUUCCAGUGUUUGAUGCCACUGGUUAGUCUUUAAAUAAAACCAUUUGGGUUUGAGCAAAAUAAAUGCA